AUGCAUUAUCGGUCAGCUUCCCUUGGUGGUAUUUAUGAUCAUUGUGAGCAACAUGGAGUAGCUUUCCCAAUCCUGGGCUGUUCAUUCAAAAUCAAGGAGAUUACAUCACCAGAAAUGGCUGAAGAUUGGAAUAGUUUUCUGCUAUGGUUUAAUGAUUUGGACUUGUGUCCAUCAGAAAAUGAAAUACUAAGCCAUCUCAAAAACAACACCAAAACUCUGGGGAGCAUAAUGACCAUGCAGCCCAGAGCAUCCACCAGGUCUCUCCACGCCCUGGAGGAUUCAGGACCGGUUAACAUCUUAGUUGCAAUCACCCUAACCCUGGACCCACUCAAGUUCUUUGCAGGGUACUCUCAUGGAAUCACUCACCAGUAUUCAAUCAUUUUAGGUCAUCAGAUUGGACUUUCAGACAGAGAAGCUGAUGAGAUAAAUAUUACUUUUACCCUGCCUCCAGGUUAGAGAUCAGAUAGCUGUGCUCUUGAGAGUCACCAUGAGCAGAUGGUGUUCCCAGCCUGCAUGACCCUCAGAGACACCCUAGGUGUGUUCCCUGUCACUGUGCAGCCACCCUACUGUUUCUGACACAUACAGCAAUAACACUCUAAUGCAAGAUCUUUAGAACUGCCAAGAAAGGCCAACACAGAAUAUGCU